AUGAGAGUUCCUCCUGAAAUUGAUUUGUUGCCCCCAAGGGGAGGUAUCGAACAAGGAAAUCACCCACCCUUUUUGAAAAAAAAAAACAGCAAAAUUAUUUCGUAUUUGAAAAAUGAAUCGCAAAUUAAUGUACUCUUAUCAAAAGCUAAAUCAAAGAAUGGAGUAAAUUUUUUAAAAAAUAAUCAACCUGGGAAGUUCUCCCUAAAUCAGGACAAAAGAAGAGAGGUAACCCUUUACAACUACUUGUCUAAUUUGUCUUACACACAAUCAAGUGGAAAAGGCAUAAAUGGAAAGGAAGGUGAAAUAUACAUACAUAGAAAGUACACAACUCAAAGUGACAACGCACUUAUGUCGUCACCUCCAGGGAAAAAAAAAAGAACAGAGAAAUCUACCCUCCUGCAUAGAUUAGUAACACUUACUCCUCGGGAAGAAACACAAAAAGCGGAUGCACACCUUAAGAGCCACGCAGGAGAAGUAAACAAGAAUGACAUUCCUCCAGAGGAAAAUAAAAUAAUUACACAUUAUUAUGAAAAUUGCAAAAUGAAGACCAAAAAAUAUAGCACCCUGAAAUACAACAUAUUUGUUAAGGGACUCAAAAAUGAAGACAACGCGACAGAGGGAAGAAACACUUCCUUUCCAAGGGAGGAACCCACUAUAAUCAGUAACAACGUAAAUAGUAAGAAAAGCCAACAUGCAGAAAGCAAAGCAAAAUUCAACUGUGACGAUUUGCUGCAAAUAUACGAACAUAGAUACCUUCGCCAUAUUUUAAAAAACAGCAAAAAUUUACCUUCCCAUAGGGAAAUAAAAACGAUAAAUAAUGCAGAUUACGUGCAAGGCCAAAAUUCGUAUAACUCAGGAGACCAACAAUUAAGCAACAAAACAAAGGACAAUAAUGUAGACAAAUCAGAAGCUGGAAUUAACCAUCAUCAUAGUAGGAAUUAUAUACACAUUCCUAGUGACGGAAUGUGUGAAAAGAAUACCGUUUUGAAGAGGAACUUAAAUGAAGAAGUCACCACUCCAGGGGAUUGCACACGUUCUCGUUACAAUUCGUGUCAUUCCAACGGGGCUAAUAAUGCUAAUGUGAAAAGUAACACUGCGGAUGGUGCUGUCAGCCAGGUCCCAAUCCCCCUCGUCAAAGGUAUCAAUGCUACUGCGUUGACUAAGCAAAAUAGUCACUUCCCUUCCACACACAUAGAGGACCCCCAUAGAAGCGACAACUUGGGGGAUGAAAAGACAUCACAUGAUGGUCAUUCCAAUUCUAGAAAAAUGGGAAACAGUUUGGGGGACAACACGGAAAAGGAAAAUAAAAAUAAUCCGAACUGUUCGAAUGUUUGCAAAAGUAGUUAUGAAGACGCGUCUCAAAUUGAGCUUCCUCAAAAUGGGAUACCCCAAAAAAUAGAAACGCUAAGUAGUGCGAACUGUGCAAGGGGAGAAUCUCUAGCAAUACCCCUUAAAAAACCUGAACAGAGUGGAACCUCCGCAGUAGAAAAGGACAAUCCAACAUGUCCCCUACCCAACACCAUGCAGUCAAAAAAGGAAGAAGGGGAGAAAAUCCCAUGCGCCCCCAACGCAACGGAAAAACUCAUUAAAAAUAUACUAAUUAAGGAAUUAAAAAAUGAAAUAUAUUAUAGCAUUAUCAAAAUGGAAGAAGAUGAAAAAGUAUCCCGUGAAUAUGAACAUAGACAAUCACGCAAAAGGAGAACCUACAAAUUGGGGAGUAACAAUCGGUUUAGAACACCUAGACAUGGAAGUCACCUUUUUGCGAGCUGCCCGCCCUCCUUUAAACCUAACACUUCUAGCAGUGAUAAAAACCAAACGACUGACACAAAGAACAUACCGGAAACGGAGGUCAUCGAUGAAAAUCCCCCCAAAAGGGACAACAAAGUGGAACACAAGGAUAAACAAAAAAAAGUAUUAAAAAAAGAAGGCAAUAAAAAAACCCUAAAUGGUAACAAUGAAGAAACGCUAAAUGGUAGCAAUGAAGAAACGCUAAAUGGUAGCAAUAAGGAAACGCUAAAUGGUAGCAAUAAGGAAACGCUAAAUGGUAGCAAUGAAAAAACGCUAAAUGGAAGCAAUAAGGAAACGCUAAAUGGUAGCAAUAAGGAAACGCUAACUGGUAGCAAUAAGAAAACGCUAAAUGGUAGCAAAAAAAAAAGCGAAAAUGAAGAAAAAAAGGAAAACAAAAAUUGUAAGGUAGACAUUAAUAGGGCAGGAAAACAAAUCAACCUUUCAAAAAGUGGUGCAACUAAUGGACAUGUUCCAAAAGAGGAAAAACGUCAACCUAGAGAUGCCCCUAAAAGCGUAACAAAUGUGAGUACCCCCAAAUUGGUCAUCCACAAAAUUGAUAAGAAAAAUUCGAAGGAAUACAUUUCCAUAAAAAUUGAAAAUAAACCGAGCGCAGUCAAAAAAUGCACACUGGAAAAAACCAGCAAGGUGGCAAAACCAAAUAGAGAGAAAAAAGAAGUACAUAGUGAUAAGAGGGGACUUCCGCAAAGCUUACCACCGGAAGGUCCACAAAAGAGCACGGUUAAGCAAAGCACUGACGAUCGGUGGAGUGGUUCCAAAAGGAGUAGCAGCACGCAGGGGGAAUCAAAGUACGCUCAAAAUUGUGCGGCAACCCCACCACCAAAUUGCCCACCAAAUUCCACACCAAAUUCCACACCAAAUGGGUCCAAUCCAGCACCCACGUGGACCACCUGGCGCGCCCGUCUAUUCCCCCUCUUUCGCAUUGAGAAGAAUCGAAUCUACGCAGAUAAGAACAGUAGAGCGUACACCACCUUCACGGACCACAUAAACGAUAUUAUUUGCAAAAUAUAUAGGACUCAAAAGAGAUUCCUCAUUUUUCAUAUCAUCCUCUAUUCCGUAAAUCUCCUAAUUUUUUACGGCUUACUACAGAAGGACUUACUGCUCAAUGAUGAGAGUAGCAGCAACACAAAAGGCACAAUGUGUAUUCUAUAUAUCCUCAUUGCAGAAUUGUACAUACUAUUUUUAAACAACGCUUUUUAUUUUUUUUUUAAAAAUCAGAUCAGAAACGCCAUUUCUUCCCUAGAUAGGGUUAAUUUAAUAUAUAUCAUGAGCAAAUUAUUUCCGCACUACUCCUCCUUUUUUAAGAAGCAAUUUUCCGUGCAUGGAAAAAAAAGCAAUUCAUUUUGCAACGAGUUGGAAGGUCACCAAAGGGGGAUACACAAGGAGAAAGCUUUAUCAUCCGCGGAGCACUUUACGAAUGAAUGGAACAAUUGGUCCAUUAAAAAAAAACCCUCUGUACGCUUUGUGGAUCCUGAAAUACUUAACAAAGUCAAGAAUUACCAUCACAAUGUGACAAACGUAGAAAAUGAUCACGCGCGAUAUGCACACCACAGUGGACAAGGUAGCAUGGGAAAAAAUGCACCGAUGGAUGGGGAAAACUUAGUUCUUUUACAAAACAUGAGAGGAGCUCUCAUUCAUCCGUUCUUUAACGCGUCUAAUACAACCCCGUAUGGAACAUAUUCGAAACAAACACAACCACCUAACAGUUUAACAGGACAAGGAAAUUACCACCUCCCAUUUGAACAAGCUGGACAAAAUGACAAAGUAAAAUAUUCGGCCGCGUCGGAAAAAGCACAGACGAAUAAAUCUACAGAAAAUGAAAAAAUAACAAAGCUCACACAAUUCAUACUAAAUGCACAAAAAAAAAACAUUCCUAAGCAAUUUUUUUUUUUUAAAUUAAGAAAAUACUUCAACUUGUUAAUAAUUAUGUUUGCUUUUGUGCUAAUACACACCACCAUCUUUCUUGAAAUAAAAGAUCCAUUCCAUUUCCACGUAAAAACCAAUUUGUUUUUUUUUAUUUUCGUAUCCUUUGUUAUUCUCCUCCAAGUGCUCAUUUCCAUAAUGGCAGAAAUUGAGGAAAUUUUUAUUCAGAAAAUGAAAAUGCUUUUAAACAAAAGGGUCACAUUUUUGGAUUAUCAGUUGGCUAAGUGUCUGCGUCUGAAAUAUUAA